UAAUUCAAAACAAAAGCCUAAAAAUGGAGCUUUAACUAGUUCGAACGAUUCUAUAAUUAGUUCUGAUUUGAAUUCUGCAGAUUAUUCUCAUUUAACAAAACAUAUACGAACAGAUAGUUUUGAUGAAUUUUUUGAUAAAACUUUAAUAAAUGCUGAAUGUGCAGAUUUUGGAUUCUGUACAGAAGAGUAUAAUGAUUCAACUGAAUUUAAUUUAGAGAAAAUUAAAGGUUCUGUAAAAAAUAAUGAUAAAUGCCAAGAAAAACCUUCAUAUAAUAAAGGUAAAGAAUGCGUAAAGUGA